UCAAGCUCAAAACCUUGUUUGAUGAGUUUUCAGGGACGAAAGACUUGGUUGCUCAAGGAAAGUUGGUGAUGACAGAGGAGAAGACUAAGCACCAUGUGAUUGCUUAUUUUUUAUAUCAACUUGGAACCAUCUUCUUCCCUGACACUUCAGGCCACGUGGUAAAUGCUCAUUACCUCCAGCUAUUGGACCCCUUGGAUGAGGUGAACAACUACUCUUGGGGCAUUGCGGUUCUUUCAUUCGUUCAAGUGGAACUCAGAAAAGCUUCGAGGCUUAGGAGUCUAUAUUUUGGAGGCUUAUACACCCUUGUUCAGGUUUGGGUGUACGACCACUUCCCUAAACUGCAAUUAUCUAAUGCUCGCACUCCUUGGCCUUUUGGGAAGCCUACAGCUGGUAAAUAUGAAUUUUUGAACUCACAUGAACAGAAUAAGGGAAAAAAGGUGUUGGAGUUGAGGGAGACAUUGGAUAAGUUAACAGUGGAAGAUGUGGUUUUCCAUCCUUACAGCAUUGCAUCAGAUGAAGACGAGGAGGAUAUUGAUGUUAUUGAUUUCUCACCUGUUGCGGGUUAUAAUGAACCGUUGUUUCAUCAUGGGGGUUGUACAAUGUAUAAUCCUCGAAGAGUACUUAGACAACUUUCUUGUGUCCAAAGUGUCCCACAAGUGGAAAACUUCAAGGUAAAGAAGGCCGGAACUAAGAACAGCGAGAAGAAUUUCAUCCCCAAAUACGAUCCUGCUCCAUCAGUGGACCACUGGAAGAACUUUGGGGAUUAUCUUGUUCCAUUCGAAGAGUUACAAGAUUCGUUUGAUGAGCCAAAUGCCACUGACGAUGGAUAUAUGGAAUGGUAUGAACAUUUUUCUCAUCCUCGUGUAAUAAACAAUGUCCAACAAGCCCGUGCUGAUAAAGCAAAAGCGACGGUAAUGGAGAAAGAGGCUCAGAAGAUUAUGAAGCCUACCCCUAUGUGUGGUGAUGAGGCCUUGAUCUUGUGGAAUUCGGCGAUAAGAUAUUUACUCUUAUUUUUGUUUUUCAUAUUUCUUUCACUUGACUCGCCCUUUUGA